AUGGAUACCACCAAGCCGGAGGUUCCUGUCACGGAACACUCCUCUGCACAUGACAAUGCAGACACCAAAUCCGCCUUUGAGAGCGCUGCGCCAUCUGCCAUCAUUGGCGGCUUCGAGGCUGAUAUCGACGACCUACCUCCCGGCUACUUUACCAGUCGCUUCUUCCUGGGAACCUUCAUGGCCAUCGGCCUCGGCUUGCUCGCAGGAGUGGGCGCAUUUGGAUACGCGGCACCGAUCCUGUCCAUGAUCAACGAAGACGUCGGUCCGGAUCCGCGGUACACUUGGAUUUCCCUCGUAUAUAACGCCUCGCUGGCGGUUUGCAUCGCGCCUCUCGGGCGCAUUACCGAUAUCUUUGGCCGGCGGUAUUGGUUCAUCGGGAGCGGCGUGCUCAGCGUCGUCGGUAGUAUCGUGUGUGCCACCGCCACCUCCAUCCCGAUACUGAUCGGGGGCAACGUCCUUCUUGGCGUCGGCACAGCCUCCCAGAUGUCAUUCCAUUAUGUGCUCGGAGAGAUCGUCCCGAUCAAAUACCGGUACAUGGCCAGCGCAAUUGUCUACGCGUGCUGCAUCCCCGGAUCCGGUAUUGCGCCCGUAAUAUCAUAUGCCUUCAUCCAGUACUCGUCGGUUGGCUGGCGCGGCGUCUACUGGCUGCUCCUCGGCAUCAACGGCCUGGCGCUGGCGUGCUGGGUGCUCUUCUACUUCCCCCCCACCUUCGACAAGAAGCACCGCCACGAUGAGAACGCCAGCAAGGCCUACUGGGUCAAGAACUUUGACUACGUCGGCACUUUCCUGUUCGCUGCUGGUAUCGUCCUCUUCCUCAUGGGCUUGAGUUGGGGAGGCAGCGUCUACCCUUGGGUCUCGGCGCCGACCCUCUCGGCCAUUUUCAUCGGGUUCGCCUUGUUGAUCGUCUUUGCGCUUUGGGAGAUUUACGCCCCUAUCAAGGAGCCCUUGAUCCCCGUUCACCUGUUCAAGAACUUAGAAUGGGUGGUUGCAGUUCUACUGAUGAGCCUCGGAGCCAGCAUCUACUAUGGCUUCGCUAUUGUCUGGCCCGCACAAUGUGCCGUGUUGUACAACACUGGAGACUUGGUGUAUCUCGGCGCCAUCUCUAGCGUCAUCGGACUGGCGGUCAUUGGUGGCCAGGUGACGGGUGGUAUUCUGGCCAACCGCAUCGGCCAUGCCCGGUACCAGAUCAUGGCAGUCUUCUCGCUUGCCGCGGUAUUUCUAGGCUGCGUCGCCGUCUCGCAGCCCAACAAUUUCAACACUGCGCUGGCGCUGAUCAUAAUCGGCGUGUUCUUCACGGGCUGGAACGAGACCAUCUGCAUCGCCAACUCGACCAUCUGCGUGCGCGACCAGAAGGAGAUCGGCAUCGCCGGCGGGAUCGCGGGCUCGAUCCGCUCCGCCAUCUGCGGCGUCGUCGUGGCCGUCUACACGACCGUGCUGACCAACCGGCUGGGGCAGACCGUCGGGGGCGAGAUGCCGCCGGCGCUGAUGGACGCGGGCCUGCCCCCGUCGUCGGUCGCCGACUUCAUCGCGGCCAUCGGCGCCGGCGCCACGGACGCCCUUGCGGCGAUCCCGGGCGUCACGGAUCGGAUCAUCGCGCUGGGGUCGGCGGCGUACAAGCAGGCGAACGCGGACGCGUACCGGACCGUGUACCUGACCACGCUGGCGUUCAGUGGAGUUGCCAUCUGCUUGACGUGGUGGGCACCUAACACGGAGAAGUACAUGACUAGCCACAUCGCCGCGACUCUCAACAGGGAGCAGGUCUCUGAUGAUGAGAAGGUUGUUGUGCAAACCGUCUAG